AUGGAUGAGGAACAAAGACAUAUAAAGCUUUCCAAGAAACAUGCAACCCCUGUUGUAUUAGUUGUUGGAGAUCCAGGAAGAGUUGACAAAAUAAAAGUAUUAUGUGAUUCAUAUGUAGAUUUAGCAUGUAAUAGAGAAUACAAAAGUGUUGAAUGUCAUUAUAAAGGACAGAAAUUUUUAUGUGUAAGUCAUGGUGUCGGUUCCGCUGGGUGCGCUAUAUGUUUUGAAGAAUUAAUUAAUAUCGGAGCAAAGGUUAUUAUUCGUGCAGGAUCAUGUGGAUCUUUACAACCAGAAUCAAUAAAAAGAGGAGAUUUAUGUGUAUGUAAUGCUGCUGUAAGAGAAGAUAGAGUUACACAUAUGAUGAUACAUUCUGAUUUCCCUGCUGUUGCAGAUUAUGAAGUUUAUUCUACAUUAUUAAAAUGUGCCGAAGAAUUAAAUGUUAAGGUUCACAAUGGUAUUAGUUUAUCCUCUGAUCUAUAUUAUCCACAUAGCAUCAUCCCAACAAGAUUGUUAGAUUAUUCUAAAGCUAAUGUAGCUGUUGUUGAAAUGGAAUUAUCUACAUUAAUGGUAAUGGGUACUUUAAAAAAAGUAAAAACAGGAGGUAUCUUUAUUGUUGAUGGAUGCCCAUUAAAAUGGGAUGAGGGAGAUUUUGACAAUGUUUUAGCUGCUGAUAGAUUAGAAAAUAUGAUAAAAAUAAGUUUGGAAGCUUGUGCAAGAUUAUCAGAAAAAUAUUAA